AUGCCUCGGAUUCCCGUGUCCGUGCUCAUCCAGGCCCAUCGGCAGAACCCUCUUCUCCCUUUACUCCUGAAAGAAUGUCGCUCACUUGACUCGGCUAGCAAUGAGCUCCGGUGGCUCCGAGAACGCGCCCUGCGUGACAGCAAGUCGCCUGCGCGACUGAAAGGAUCACAGCUAGGGUGGAGGACGCGCCUAAGGUCCAUGUGUAAGACCUCCUCCCACGCGAAAUUUCUGCGGGUCUUGUUUAACAUUGCCAGACCCGAAACGGAGUCUUAUACAUAUGAAGCAGCCAAAAUAAUCCGCCAGUCGCCGGAAAGCCAUCAUGAUCCAAAGUCUCCUAGACCUCGUUCUCUCCGAGUGCUAGAUCUCUGCACCGGCACCGGUUGUAUUGCGCUUCUUCUGCAUGCCCUCCUGGCGCCUCACUUCAAGGACAUGACCAUUUUGGGGGUAGAUAUCAGUCCAAGAGCACUUGACUUGGCGCAGAAGAACCUUGAUCACAACAUACAUCACGGCUCGCUAUCUCGUCGAGCAUCUGCCGACCUUCACUUUCAGCGUGCCAAUGUACUGGGAAGGGCACAUGACUCGAUCCCUGCCGUGGAAGAAAUUCUGCCUCAAUAUUUCUCGCAACCUGCGAUAUCGGGAGAAUCCAUCGAGACCGGUUGUGACCUGUUAAUAUCCAAUCCGCCCUAUAUUUCCGCCUCAGACUUUCGUGAUGGGACUACAGCGCGCAGUGUUCGCCUUUUCGAGCCACGACUAGCACUCAUACCGCCCGCUUCCGAUUCCAUAGAGACUCCUUAUGACAGACCCGAGGAUAUCUUCUAUCGCCGCAUUCUUGCUCUUGCGCUCAAGCUACGGCCCAAAGUCACCGUGCUCGAGUGUGGAGACAUGAGGCAGGCUAGGAGAGUGUUCAAGAUGUAUACUGCUAUGGUAUCAAGCCAUUUCGAAGACUCGAGUGCAGAGAUCUGGCCAAGCACCGAGCUUGAUCUGGCCGCCAAUGGCUUUCACCCCUACGAUGGAUCACGAUGUGUUAUAAUUCAGCGACAAGCGAAAUCAAGUUGA